AUCGUAGAGAGUCGGUCGCUCUGCGUUCGUGAAAGAUCGAGUCCUCUCGGCUUGUCGAAUCGGAUAGUAUACGGAUUUCGAGCCAGUAGUGCAAGUCCAUCCCUACUUGCGAUACGAUCGAGGGAACGGUUUCAAGUUUCUCGUUUAAAACGUGUCAUUUAUUCUCAUUUAAUUCUCAAUUAAAAAAAUAUUUUGUGUUUAUUACGUCAUCGCCGAAGAUACGAAGGGAAGAAAAAUUGAGGGCUAAGGGAUGCUCGUUAACAAGUGCCAGUCUGUUCAUAUCCUCGCACGCUGUCUUCUCAGCGGGCAAAGGAAUUGGAAAAGAUGUUUGACUGGUUCGGCAUUGAAAGAACCAAAAAAACCGAUAAUAACAACGGAAAUACCUGGGCCACGUUCACGAAGUUUACUUCAAGAACUUAAUUCGAUGCAGCAAGCCUCCUCGGUCCAAUUCUUUGCAGAUUACGAUAAGUCAUCCGGUAAUUUUAUAAUGGACGUCGACGGAAACACGUUGUUGGACGUUUAUAUGCAAAUUUCGUCGAUACCUUUAGGCUAUAAUCAUCCAGCCAUGUUGAAUGCUGUCGCUGAUCCAGUAAAUCAAAGAAUCAUGGUAAACAGGCCAGCGUUAGGUGUAUUUCCGGGGAAAGAAUGGCCUAACAGAUUGAAACAAAUUUUUCUUAGGAAAGAGGUCGCUCCUCCAGGAUUGUCACAGAUCACAACGAUGAUGUGUGGUUCUUGUUCGAACGAGAAUGGUUUCAAAAAUAUUUUCAUGUGGUACGCAGAGAAAGAACGAAAGGGUGCACCCUUUACAAAAGAGGAAAUGCAAACGUGUAUGAUGAAUCUAUCACCAGGUUCCCCUAAAUAUUCAAUCAUGUCUUUUAAAGGUGCAUUCCAUGGUAGAACUUUAGGUUCCUUAUCAACGACUCAUAGUAAAUAUAUACACAAGAUUGAUGUACCGGCUUUUGAUUGGCCAAUUGCUUCAUUUCCUAAAUAUAAAUAUCCUCUAGAAGAUAAUAUUCGAGAAAAUCAAGAAGAGGAUAAAUGUUGUUUGGCCGAGGUCGAAGAACUGAUUGAAAAGUACAAAACUGAAAAGAAGAUACCUGUAGCCGGUGUCAUAAUCGAACCAAUUCAAUCCGAAGGUGGUGACAAUCAUGCAUCUCCCGAAUUCUUUCAAGAACUUCGUCGUAUAACAUCCAAACACGGAAUAGCUUUGCUUAUCGAUGAAGUACAAACAGGCGGUGGACCAACCGGAAAAAUGUGGUGUCACGAACAUUUUAAUUUAAAUUCACCGCCAGAUUUGGUUACCUUUAGCAAGAAAAUGCAAUUGGGUGGCUAUUAUCAUCGAGAAGAUUUGAGACCAAAGCAAUCCUAUCGUGUAUUUAAUACGUGGAUGGGUGACCCUAGUAAAUUGAUAUUAUUGGAAGUAGUAUUAGACACCAUAAUAAAAGAAAACCUGUUAAAACAAGUUACCCGUGUUGGUAAUUACAUGUUAAAGGAAUUGAAUGCUCUUCAAAAUGAACAUUCUACAAUAAUAAAUUCCGUUCGUGGUCGUGGAACGUUCAUAGCUUUCAAUUGCGAAACAUCUGAACGUCGAGAUGCUCUUAUCAAAAGAUUAUUAGCUAAAGGUAUACAAACAGGUGGAUGUGGUGAUAAAGCAGUAAGAUUAAGACCAGCGUUAACAUUCACGGAACAUCAUGCUGAUAUAUUUUUGGACGCUUUACGGGGUGUUUUAAAAACUUAAAAUCUUAAGGUCUUAUGAAUGCCUUUUGAUCGAUUAUUCAAUCACACGUCUUCCAUAAAUUAUAGAUAUAAUUUUAAAGAAUUUAUUAUAAAUAUCUACAAAAUGUAUCCUUAGGUAAUGACAUAUUUUUGUAUGGCAGUUUUAUCAUCGUAUAAAUAAUGUGACCGAUUUAA